CCGGCCGCGACUGCGUGCUGCUGCAAGAGGACUUUCUGGCGCACCGAGGCCGACCCCACGUCUAUCUGCAGCGCAUCCAGCUCAACAACCCCACGGAGCGCGUGGCCGCGCUGCAGACUGUGGGCCCCACUGCCGGUCCGGUCCCCAGGGCCUACACCAGCACCUUGGAGAAGGUCGGAGACCAUCAAUUCCUCCUCUACUCGGGCCUGUCCCCGCCUCUUCCCACGGGCCUGGUGCACCUGGUGGUGGUGGCCGCCAAGAAACUAGUGAACCGGCUCCAAGUGGCUCCCAAGACGCAGCUGGAUGAGACGGUGCUGUGGGUGGUGCACGUCUCAGGCCCUGUUAACCCCCAGGUGCUCAAAAGCAAAGCAGCCAAGGAGCUCAAGCUGCUCCAGGACUUGGCGCGGAAGGAAAUGCUGGAGCUCUUGGAGAUGCCCGCGGCUGAGCUGCUUCAGGACCACCAGCGCCUCUGGGCUCAGCUUUUCAGCCCAGGUGUGGAAAUGAAGAAGAUCACAGAUGCCCAUACCCCGUCCGGCCUGACGGUGAACCUGACCCUGUAUUACAUGCUAUCCUGCUCACCAGCCCCACUGCUCAGCCCCAACCUGAGCCACAGGGAGAGAGACCAAAUGGAGUCAACGCUCAACUAUGAAGACCACUGCUUCAGUGGCCACGCCACCAUGCACGCAGAGAACCUCUGGCCGGGCCGGCUGGCCUCGGUGCAGCAGAUCCUGCAGCUCUCUGACCUGUGGAGGCUGACCCUGCAGAAGCGAGGCUGCAAGGGGCUGGCGAGGGCGGGCGCCCCCGGCAUCCUGCAGGGCAUGGUGCUCAGCUUCGGUGGGCUGCAGUUCACCGAGAACCACCUCCAGUUCCAGGCGGACCCCGAUGUGCUGCAUAACAGCUACGCCCUGCACGGCAUCCGCUACAAGAAUGACCACAUCAACCUGGCCGUGCUGGCGGACACCGAGGGCAAACCAUACCUGCACGUGUCCGUGGAGUCCCGCGGCCAGCCCGUCAAGAUCUACGCCUGUGAAGCGGGCUGCCUGGAUGAGCCUGUGGAGCUGACCUCAGCGCCCCAGGGCCACACCUUCUCGGUCAUGGUGACGCAGCCGAUCACUCCACUGCUCUACAUCUCCACGGACCUCAUGCACCUGCAGGACCUGCGGCACACACUGCACCUCAAGGCCAUCCUGGCCCACGAUGAGCACAUGGCCCAGCAGGACCCCGGGCUGCCCUUCCUCUUCUGGUUCAGCGUGGCUUCCCUCAUCACCCUGUUCCACCUCUUCCUCUUCAAGCUCAUCUACAACGAGUACUGUGGGCCUGGGGCCAAGCCCCUCUUCAGGAGCAAGGAAGAUCCCAGUGUCUGAGUGAACCAACAGUCCUGCUUUCAGCCACCAAUUGCACAAGACACCCAGCACGGACACUGCUGCUGCUACGAACAAGGGAUCCUUUGACAGCACCCACCCUUUUGUGCCUUGUUGGGGACACCAGUGACGCAGAAGCGCGUGUGGAUGUUCAGGAGUUUGCAUUGGGGAAUGGGAGGGGAGGGGCCAGUGGACUUUUUGUAAGCUUUCGACUCAAUAAAAUGAACCUAUAUGGAAAAUACUUGAAAUCGAACUCACUCCUUCCCCUUUUCCCCUUUCCUCUGGCCCAGGAACUAGACCUCUUUUGAAAAGACUUUGGGAAAAAUUGUGGGGUUUUUUCUAAUUUAAUGUGUUCCUUCUUGACUGCAUUUUUAAUUUAUUGUUGAGAUUUUGCUGGAUGGCUUUGGCAUCCACCUUAGACUGAAUCUUGGUGGUGAUUUCCGAUCUCUCCACAGGGAUGGCAUUUGGGGGCCCCACCGGUGGCCUGUGUAGAGGGCUUGGGUCUGGGGUCAUCCUCAGGUUUGCACAUGGUCUCUUUCCAAUGAGCCCGCGGACAUCGGUGGGUUUGUACUUCUGGGCUUUAGGGGACGUGUUUAACUUUCUAGUGAUCGAUGAUUGUCGGGUUUUGAAAUACCAAAGCUUUCUUUUGUUCUGUUUUUAAAUAAAUCUCUUUCAAACUUCA